AUGGUAGUUAUUAGGAAGGAAUACUUGACUAAGAAUAGGCCUAAUAAGCUUAAUAUUAAUGAACUAUCAGGAAAAGUGAUUAAGAGUGGAUCUGGAAUUCAGAAACAAGCUCAAGGUUCUCAGAAUUCUGCUAAUAAUAAAGGAGGUGGUUCCAGUUUUGUUAAUGUUAUUUUGGACAAGAAAAAAGGUCAACACCUUCUUAAGAAUACCGGUAUUUUAGAUAAAAUUAUAUCAGCAGCAGAUAUUAAACCAACUGAUACUGUAUUAGAAAUUGGACCAGGUACAGGAAAUUUAACUAUGAGAUUAUUACCACUAGCUAGGAAAGUUGUUGCUUUUGAUAUUGAUCCAAGAAUGGUUGCUGAAGUAAAGAAGAGAUCGGUUAAUUCUGGGUUUAGUAAUUUAGAAGUUAAAGAAGGAGAUGCUUUGAGAAGUUCUUUGGGUGAUUUUGAUGUUUGCACAGCAAAUCUACCAUACCAAAUUUCGUCUCCAUUUGUUUUUAGGCUACUUUCAUUACAAAACAAAUAUAGAUGUGCAGUAUUAAUGUUUCAAGAAGAAUUUGCUUUAAGACUUCUAGCAGAACCUGGUGAAAAGCAUUACUGUAGACUAUCUGUAAACACUAAAUUAUUUAGUAAAGUAACUAGAGUUUGUAAAGUUGCCCCUGGAAGUUUUAAUCCUCCUCCAAAAGUGAAUUCCAUGGUAGUUAAACUUGAACCAAAGAAGAUACCAGUUUCAGUUAAUUUUAGAGAAUGGGAUGGGUUAAUGAGAAUUUGUUUUUCUCGUAAAAAGAAGACAAUCAGAGCUAACUUUAAUAAUACUACUACUCUUAAUAUUCUUGAAAAUAACUAUAAAGUUUGGUGUUCUAUUCAUAAAAAGAAUCCUUCUGGAAAUUUACCUUUCAAAGCUUUUGUAUUUAAAAUUCUUGAAGAUUCUGGUCUCUCAUCAAAAAGAGGAUUCACUGUUGAUAUUAAUGAGUAUUUUAGACUUCUUUUUGAGUUAAAUAAGAAUGGAAUCCAUUUUGUUAACAUUAUUAAGGGAAAUGCUAUCAAUGAUAACUCAGAUAACUUUGACUUCCUUUUCUCAAAUGCUGAUUCUGAUAUGGAUGAAAAUAUGGAAGGAAAUCAUUCUUCUGAAGAUGAAUUCAAGAUGGAUGACUGA